AUGGCUAGAGAAACACCGACCAAGGCAAUUCUUGAGACUUGGGAAGCUGGUGGUGGAAGCCUAUCCUCUUUACAACAGACCCGUUUACAAGAACUCCAAAAUGCUUCUGUCAAGCUUUCUGAAGAUCUGGAUACUUGCAAAGCGGAUUUGGCAGCCUCAAAGAAGCGCUCGCAACAUUUGUUUCGCAGCAAGGAUCUCAGAACGAACAGUGUAGCGGUUUCUGAUGGUCCUUUGAUCGAUCCGCAUGCCAAAGGCCCAAAACUGAUUAGUCCAGACCAGGAGGAAGAGGACCAGCCCGAUGAUGGUGGUCUCCUAACUCCGGCCUGCCCGACGUGUAAUGAAAAGGAACCUCAAUCAUCCGAUAAGAAGGGCGCUAGGGUAGAGAAACUUCGUGCACGCUUGCGUGAGUUGCUAUAA